CGCAAACUCAGCAACUGAUAAGCAAGCCCGCUCGUUAAUGGUCUGGCAUCACCACACAGCUUGGCAAAAAGCCAACGCAUGCUGUCAGAAGAUUCACCGUGUACUUGCAGCGAAAUUUCAAAUCGCAUCAAUGACGCGCGAUGAUGGAUCGCUCGAGAGUCGAAAGACGGUCACGAUAUAGCCUGGUGGACUCCAAGACUCUGGAUUGACACUGGCAGACGGGAACGGAAGAAGAAGAGCAGGAGGAACAACGAGAGUAAGACUGAAAGAAGAGGGACCAGGCGAACAGAUCCCUCAGAACGAGAGUAGGUGGGAUUGGAUUUGGCAGAGGCGUGCGACUCGUUGGCGCUGCUGGAUGCCGUUGGUGAUGCGAAGGAGUAGGACAAGAAGAAGGGGCAGGGGGUGGAGUUUGGUUGAUGUCCGAGACGAAGACGGAGGGGUUGCGGAAGGGAAAUACGGAGUAGGGUAGAGUGCACGGAGUAGAGCAAGAUGAGGGGUGAGUAGAGAAGAGACGAGAGAGAAGGCGCGCGAGUGACAAAACGGUGGCGGUGGUGGUGUAGGCGAACUGCCGGACAACCGAACCGUCCGUAUAUUCCUACGAACUCGGUAUUCGACGGUAUUUAAGGGAGAGCCGCGCGAGCGUAGCACGCCAGUUGUCAGCACGGCCGGUCGGCGGUUGGUUAGCUUCCAGCGAACCGACAUCCGCUGGAUCGUCACGUCGCGUGCAAAAAUUCGACGUUUAAGUAAUCAAAUCUCGUCUAGAUGAUUUCGGUGUUACAUCUGCUAAUCACUGUUCACCGUUCUCCGUUCUCCGUCUCGUCUUCUUUGAAAAUUCAUUUUUUCAACGGUAACAACGGUGUGAUUUAAUCGCGGGACGCACAGUGACACGAGUGAUACGAGUGAUACGAGUGAACGAGUAACGUAAGGGAGGGAUUGGUAUAGGUUUCUCUCUCGCGAAAUCUCGGUGACGGCGUUAUGUGAGAGUACGACACAUAUGGCAUUGCUUGAAUCUUCCGUGAUACUUGGCAAUCCAGAGAAUCCGUUAUCUUUCAAUAUCGGACGCGGUACGGAUGAGUGUAUCAAAGAGCAGGUACCCGAUGCUACUGCUGCUGGCAUUGGGAAUGAUUUUCGCGCAACCGUCCGUCGAGGCUUUACCACGAGAAGCCACAGUAUCUCGAUCAUCACGAUCUUAUCGGACGGGCGAUCGGAGCGGAUCAUUCGGUGGCCUGGAGCUUGCGCCAAGGAGACCAUCGUCAAUUGGGGAGGCACCGACGCGACGCUGCGGCAGAUCUGGUUGCGGAAGUCGAGCAGAAAGCUGCAAUUGAUAUACGCCGGUGAAACUUUGACUGACUGCAUUGACGAGCUCGCGCGAUGGGACGACAGCGAGUGUUCGGCCAGCUCUCGCGGCGUCCAUCACCAUCACCGCGAUGACGGUGACGAGGUGUCGAUCGUGGUGUUCCAACUGGACGACGGUAAGGACGCUUCGAGGAUACCCCGUGAUCUCUCUUGGCUAUCGUCAACAUCGGAGCUUCGUCACCGGUGUGCUCGCAUGAGAAUGCGAGCACGGGACCAAGUGGUGGCUCAACGUCGACAUAGAAAAUACGUAGCAAGAUCAAAGGCAAACGUGACGGCGAGUAACGAGAAACAGGGUCGUGGCCGAAAUCGGAUUCGAAGGGAAUUAUUCAUGAUACCAGGGACACAAUGGUGCGGUCGCGGCGAUCGUGCUACCAAGUAUACCAAUCUGGGUGGCUUUGGCGUCGCUGACGCCUGUUGCCGCAAGCACGAUACGGCUUGUCCGUUCCAUAUACCGGCAUUCGAGACGCGCUACGGCGUCUUCAAUUGGAGAAUAUCGAGUAUGAUGCACUGCGUGUGCGACGAACGGUUUCGCACGUGCUUGAAAAUGGCUGGGACCGCGUCGGCCGAUUUUAUAGGCAAGAUCUUUUUCGACGUGCUGCAAUCGAAAUGCUUUAUCUUGAAGCCACAGAAGGUAUGCGUGAAACGAUCGUGGUGGGGCAAGUGUCAGCAUUACGAGUAUCGAAAACAAGCCUACGUACGAGAUAACGUUCCUUACUAGAGUGACGCGCCAGAGCGAUUCCAACGUGAAGAAACGACGAAAUACAUAUGCUUUUUUUCUCGAGAGGUCAAUAGCAAUUCUCAGGGAUGUAAUAUUUUAUCGACUUGUAACAUCUAAUAUCGAGAAGGAGGCACGACAAAAUCAGCGAGAAAGACUCGAGUCCGAACUUGUAAAAGUUGUAUCAACCAAGUCGCGCCAAAGUACGAUUGACAAUACGUCGCAAUCCACUUGAUCGUUUCAACGGAAUCGUUACAUCAACGGCCGAUCGCUACGUCGGGGACAAAGGGAAUGCCUGCGAGCGAAUCGAUAUUCACGUGCCAUUUCGCGUUUACGUCGUAAACGCGCAAUCUAUUUAUUUAUUCCUCUUAUUAAUCUAACUGUUCUUUCUUUUUCUUAACUCUCUCUCUGUAUUUCAACAGAGAGUCAGGGAUCAAAUGAAAUGGCAAAUUUAAGUGGAAUCAAAUUCAAUUAUUAUAUUCAUUUCUUGAUUCAAUCGGCGGCGAAUCUUACGUAAUGUAGAGUCGUUAUAUUAAGCUUGUAGAUAGCAUCAGCGCACUUUCUAACCAUUUCGACGGACAAAGAACGUAAAAAUAUGAAACAUAACGAAAAUAUCUCUUGUAGUGAGACAUAAACGAUAUCGAGGGCAAUUUGAAAGAUUUUUAACAACAGGUUGCAACUGCAUAUUGUAUAUUAGAACUACUCAUAAAAUGUACGAGAUACAAUUUCCGAUAUCACUGCAAUUAAUUAUCUUCCUAUCGUUUGACAUAGUUUGAGAUAACAAAUACUUUAUACGAGAAAAAAUUAAACAAUUUAUAAUCAUAAAACUUUUCACGGAUA